CAGCGGAUUAAUAUUUUUCCAGAGGUGUUCAUGUAAAAUGUGGGGACAACAUGAUUUAACAUUGUGGAUGUAUCGAAGAACAAUGCAUACACCUAACUGGUCACGAAACAAUAACAAACAUUCUGGCGCAGACUAGCUAGUGACAUUAUAGAAAUGUGGGUAUAUAAAGGUAGGUUAUAAAGCCGAUACACAUCUGAAUUACCUGAGCGGAAGCCUAUACAUGGACGCUGUUAACUUGCCCAUACAGGUUUUCCUAUACUGAAUGUAGGUAUAUAUAUAUACAUAUAUUCUGUAUAUGUACAGAAAGUGUAAACGUAUAUUGACAAACGACGCAAGAUCAAAUUAACCGGUAAGCACGAGGAUAGAUCCAUGCCACCCGUUCAUGUAUGUAUAUGUAUGUAUAUAUUGGCUGUAGUAUGGAUCGAGAGAGUGAAAGGAUUGUGCACCUGCUGUUAUUUGAUGGAUUUAACUAUAAGCCUGCCCUACAAAUACCUUACCUACACUGCCAAACCUAACUUUGGACUAAUCGUAUAAUAACGGAUCAGCGGGUUGAGAAACGAAGUGCAAAAGGUUAAAGUAUUGGAUUUAUUUGACUUUGAAAGGAUUGGAGUUCAGAGAUUUGUUAUUCUACACAAGUUAAUAUUACUAGUGUGAGGAUGGCCCUCGUUCUCUUGGAGGUUAAAUGUGAUUUCUGACUGUUUAUAUAUAUAUAUAUUAUUCUACAAGAUGGCUAACGAAGAGGAGGAUACCCUCGGACCACUUUCGAUGGUUUGGAAAGCUAAAUGUCCAAACGAUGUUCCGGUCAAGACACUUCAAACCUGGCAGCAUAUUGACGAGGAAAUUGAAGAUGUUUUUCACAUGCAGACAUCGAUGACGACUGAACCAAGGUAUUUAGAUUAUAAAAGUGAUGAAGGUUUCGAUCUUAGUAACAAUGAUGAUUCGUUUCUCAGUAAUCAAAUCGGCUUUACAAAUGGCAAAGACGAUGAAUCGUCUUCAAAGUUCGAUGAAAAUACCGCGGAAUCAAAUGAUAGUAACUAUUCAAGCGAGAUGGACUUGAGUUAUGAUUCCGCCAUGCCAGACAAUCAAGAUAUUAUUUUAGAUGUUCACAAAUUAUCAUUAGAUGAAGAGGAUGUAAUUAAACCAGUGCAUCACACAGAAAAAUAUAUAGAACGACCUUUGAACUCGAUAGAGGUCACGCGGCGCCAGAUUGUUCCUAUACGACCCCAUAUUCGCACACAAAGCUGUCCAAAUCCAGCGGAAUUAGAAUCUCCAAGGAACCGUAGUCUUAAUUCUUCAGUGACGUCACAGGAUAUUACGUCACGCGGUGAAACAUCCACGGAAGCUAUCAAACUGCGUGAUGUUACUCGUGCAGCACGAUCGUUUUCACGUCCCUUGGUGAGAGGAAAGGCAGAGGACCACGACUUGAAUGAAGAUGUAGAAUGCAAAACUUACAAAUUUAUUUCCGUCAAUGUGCCAAAGAUCCCUCCACCACCAACACCCCAGGAUGACGAGGAAACUAUUAAACCAAAGAACGAGUUCCAAAUACUUACGGACAUUACAGCAUUGACCAGAAAGGCGACAAGACCUAAGGUCAAAGACUUAGACUUCAAACCAAAAUCCACUUUAAAACGAUCAAAAUCUGUGUUACAAGUUUCAUCCCCCACGGUGCCUGCUUUGUCACCAACAGGUGACCGAUCACCAAUGUCAAGAAGUCGUAGCUCUUCCACUACCUCUCCUUCCGAUUAUAUGUCGUACGCGUUUACGUAUCAGAAUGACGAAGAUGCCUGUUUUAAGUGUGGUAAAACAGUGUACCAGCUCGAUAAAGUAGGCCCUAUCAGGAAGGUUCUUUUUCAUAAGCAGUGUUUCCGAUGUUGUACAUGUGGUUCUGCACUGACUGUUAAAAACUACUUCCAAAAUUUCAGCGAUAAAACUGACAAAAAAGUGUAUUGCAGAAACCAUAAACCAAGUGAAGGGAAAGGAUCGGUCAAUCUAGAUGAUCGAAGUCUAAAUAUCAUACUGAAUCAUCCAAAACUUGAUACCCAUAAUAACACAAUUAUCAGAGGACCAGAAGAGGACAAAUCCAAAGCAAAUCCACACGGUUUCCGUGGAGCAGCCUCCAUGCCAAAGCUUGAUGUUGUAUGUAAACAAUGGGAUGAGGUAAACAGAAGUUUUAUGGACAGAUUAGAGGAAACUUCACCACGUGGGCGACAUGAUGUUCUAAAAUUAAGCCCGUCUGAAGCUCGGUCUGUGUGGUCAAGGUCGGCCAUGGGGGCUGCAUCUCUGGAUUUUGGAACUCCUAACCCACGUAGGAAUAUCCAUCAUUUUUACCAGAGCUCGACAUCAAAUUCAACCUGGAAUUAUAUGUGAUAGUGUGUAUUCGUAAUACAGAACGUCAAUGGAGACAGCAGAAAUGUAAUAAUUUUAGCACAAAUGUUUUAUUUGAGCUGAAACAGCUCAGGAUAUAGAGUUGAAGUGCAUUAUCACAAAAUAUAUGCAACUAACGGAACUUCCAUUUUGAUGUACUAUUAUAACGAAGGAAAGCAAUCAUGAUAUUGGCAACUGUGAAUCCUAAGGAGAUCAUUUGGUCCACAAAUGUUUUUCAUCAGUGUAUAGCAAGAGAUUUAGCAAAGUGCAUUAGGAUAGACGUCCUGUAACAUAGACGCAUAUAUGGUAAUAUGAAACUAUCACUGGCAUAUACGGGCGUAUAUCAGCCUUUAGUGACGACUUGAAAUCAGAUUAAGGUUCAGAAAAAUGUUUCACCACAUUAAAGGUAUCUGUCAAUUUAAAGGUCAAUUUUAAGACAUUCCUACUUUAUCUUAAGCUUAAAAUGAUUUGCAUUUGAUUUAUUAUUAUUAUUGUCAAUGUAUUGGUGAUAAAAUUUCAGAAAAUAUCGGAUAUUCAGCAAUAUUAGAAAAGGGCCAUUUUCCUCAAUACUCAUUGGCUUAACAUAGUCACGUGGAGGUUAUUUUUGUCAUAUCAACCUGAUGUUUCUUUUUGUUUUUUGGAAACACCGCGACAGGAAUGUGCUGAUGACGUCAUAAUGUCCCAAUGCAUAUUUCCUGCUAUCGAAAUCAAUAUAAUGCAAUAUCAUCCUUUUGGAAACAUGUUUCAUGUCAAAUAUUAGAAAUUAAGGACCUUCGAUCUUGGUUAAUAUUUGAUUCUACAAGGUCGGUAUCAAACUAUAGUGGCCUUACCGAAGGUCCAUGCCUAAUAAAUAUGAUGGAUAUAUUCAUUUUUUAUUGAUUUAAGUGGUUGAUAAAUACCUUAAGGCAAAUUAGAAUUAAAUUAUCUAAUUAGUUAUUUUAGUGUAACUUAAUAUACCUUAGAAUAUACCCGUUAUUUAAUUUUUGAAUAUUGGUUUACCUUGAAAGGCAUUUAAUGUUCCUAUUAUACAUAGGACCUGCUUGACGCGGUCAAACAUACUGGAAACCAUUAUGUAACACUACCUAAGGAUCUGUUGUUUGAUUUAAAUUUGUACUCUAAUAGAGGACUUUUAAUAAAUCUCAAUAAAGCUGUAUGUUAUUG